UAUACACCUCCACUCCUCAUCACCCAUCCCAUUCACUCCAUAGCAGUACAGCAUGUCCUCAGACAAGAAACGAAUUGAGCGCGAUAUCUUUGGCGACGAUGACGACGAUGAGGAUGAUCUGAUCUACAACGGAGACCGCGAAUACGAUGAUCGCACCCACGACGAUCACGAGGACAAACAGGAUGAGACAGACAAGGACACUGCCCAGGGAGAAGAUGCAGAGGAGGAACCAGAAGAAGAAGGCGUUCCUCUUCCGAGCUUCAAAAAGAGGUUCGCUGAUGGUGACUCCCCAGCACCAGAGCACAAGAAGAAAAAGAUCAGCAAAAAGACCAAGCCCACUAAGGAAGGCUCACAAAACCUAGAGGGCGGCGAGGAAUUGCCCUUGGAUCCCCGUCAACAAGCACUGCAGCAACUGGAGAAAGAUUUCGAAUUAGCACUCAAGAGUGGAAAGUCUUCAUCCAGGAGACGAAGAAAGGAUGAAGAAGACAUUGACACUGAGCUGGAUGAGAGUGCAUCCAGAUUUGUCGCCAAGAUGCGAGCGGCAGCAUUCGCGGAUGUCGAUUCCAAAUUGAAGCAGCAGUCAGCUCUUUCAAAAGUCAGGAUGCUGGAGAGCGUGAAGAAGCAACUAAACAAAUCGCAUGUUCACAACACAUUCUUGGAUAACGGAAUAUUGGAAGCAAUGAAGCUUUGGCUGGAACCGUGGCAGGAUGCAUCUCUGCCAAGUUUGGAUAUCAUUCAGGACUUUCUGGAUCUUUUGGACAUUUUGCCAAUUCAAACGGAUCAUCUUGUCAGCAGUGGGGUCGGUCGUGUUGUUUACUUUUACACCAAGGUCGAUGACUCUCGGGUGACACCUAGCAUCAAGCGCAAGGCCCAUGCUCUUGUUGACAAGUGGAGCCGACCCAUUGUUAAGCUGAGUCAGGAUUAUAGAGAAAAGAAGAUCAACUACGCACACGACAACCUCGCAGCAUCAACAUCACAACGCAGACGUCCCGAGGCAUCUUCUUCAAGCAGUGCUAUGGAUGUUCCCAAUGCUAGGCCAUUGAGUGUCAGAGUGCCUCAGAUCGAUCGUGGUUCUUAUGCAUACAUGCCCGAGUCGUCUGUGAUAUAUGACAAGUCUCGUGGUGGCAAAUCGGACAAAUACAAGAAGCUGAAAUCACACAUGGCCAAGAUGAAGCAGGUCAAACGAACAUAGUGAAAUGUGUAAAUUUGGGUCAAUCGAAACUGUCGUGGCCCUUCAUCAUAUCUUCUUCUGGAGCGUUCAUUACUAUUACUGCAAACUGUAGCCUUUAAACGAUAAUAAAGGCAUGUAAAACGAUAA